AAUGAAACCUCAGCCUCAGAGUCAACAACUGUCACACUUUCAACUCCUCAUACCUCCACUCCUGACACUAAAUCAUCCCAAAUGACGUCUAAACAAGCAGCAUCUGCUGACCUGCUGACAGGCCAAACAAAUGAAACCUCAGCCUCAGAGUCAACAACUGUCACACUUUCAACUCCUCAUACCUCCACUCCUGACACUAAAUCAUCCCAAAUGACGUCUAAACAAGCAGGUAUGAUCCUGAUCAAAGAGAACAAGACCUGGGAGGACGCCUUAAAUUACUGCAGAGUGAAUCACACUGACCUGGUUUCCAUCACCAGCGCUGAAGUAAAGACCAGCGUCAACUCCUUAGCAGUGAAUGCUUCGACGCCUUACGUUUGGCUGGGUCUGCGCUACUCCUGCACCCUGGGUUUGUGGUUCUGGGUCAAUGAUCAGAUUAUGUGCUUUAACUGGGCCUCCACAGGAACGACUAUGAACUCUGACAUGUUUGGAGCCAUGGACACGAGCAGAGAGCACAAUUAUAAGGGCUUUAAUCACAGCAAGACUAAGAGGUUUAAUUUUAUUUGUUCUACAUAGUAGGUUUUAAACCUAACGAGAGAAAGUGGUGCUCUCUAAAGACAUCUCGGCUCUGUCUCCUUUUCCAGAGUCACAGGAACAUAUUCAUUAGUUUCUUCCUUAUUGCUGGAUUAUUAUUAUUUUCACAAUGAUGAUUUUUGGGGGGAUAAGGUUAGGUUACUCUUUCCUGUUUAUAAAAUUUGUGUGUUCUUUUCUGUAUUCAUGCAAGAAUUUUAAAAAUAUGUUUGUUAUCAAAGUGUUUUCAUUUUUAUUCAUUUUGAAUGUUUUAAAGAUUAAUUUUAGCAUUUAUUCGAUAAGAGCAGGGGAAGACAGGCAGCAUAGGGCCAAGGGUCAGAUUCAAACCCGGAUUAACUGCAGAGCACUGUUUGUCUUUAUAUCAAUAUUUCUUCCACAUACAAACCAAUAUAUACCCAAACACAUGCAUGUAAUACAAAACACUGUAAAGCUCUUUUCCCCACAAAUGGAAAUCAGACUGAUUAUGUUGCGUCACGCUUCACAUGUUUCCAUGUGUGUUUCUUUUGUAAACAGAGGUUUGUACUGGUGUUAGCAUUGAGUUCAUUUUAGGCACAUGUUAAAUUGACAAAUUGUCAGAAACUAGAAGAUGUUACCUUUCCAAAUAAGUCAUACAUACAUUAUUUUUUAACUUAAAAGCUACAAAAACUAAAUUACACCCUAACAAUAAACCCAGAUAUGGCUUAAUGGUUAUACCUCCCUGAGCCUGGUUCUGCUGCAGGUUUCUUCCUGUUAAAACGGAAUUUUUCCUUCCCAGCAGUGGUGCAACGGAUC